AUGACGUCCGAAAUCGAGCUCGAGGGCUUCUCAGAAAAUCAAAUGCCCGACGAGGACAUCGCAGACGAGAAGCUCCUCGCCCAUCAUCAGCGUCGCUCAGCCGCUGCCACCAAGGCUCACAGGAGACGUCUUCUUGGCAUUGUCCCAUGCCUUGUUAUUCUCUAUCUCGCAGCCUGGACACUGUGUGUAUCCCGUUUCCAUCAUGCUCAGCACCACAUUGCCACCCAGUGCCAGCCCGCCCUCAACCACAAACAUCAGCAGCUUCAAAGGCGUCAGAGUCCAGGCUCGUGCAACACCCAAGCCUGCAUGGACUUCGCAAACGUCAUCAAGGAAAAUCUGGCACCCAACUACACAAACAUCGACCCCUGCACCGACUUCGCUCAGUAUGUCUGUGGUGGCUGGGAAUCCAAACACGCAUCUGUCCCGGACGAUGGCCAUCUUAGUGUCCUGGGCUCGUUGUCCCAGGAGGCUCAAGCCACUGCGCGCGGCAUUAUCGAACGUGGUUACGCCGACUACUCCCCGUUCAUCGGUGCCACUUCUGAUGCGAACCACGACAAUUUUGAGAAGAUGCUGACCGCCUACAACGCCUGCAUGAAUGAGGAUGCUAUCAAGAAGGCUGGCGUCAAGCCCAUGAAAAAAUUACUGGACAAACUUCCCGCUGUUGUUCAGAAUCCACUUUCUGGCCAUCGUGACUUGACCAACGCAUUGAUCUACCUUGCCAACAUAGGCGUCUUCCCUUUGCUUACUCCCGACGUGUGGCCCGAUGCGGCAAACCCUGACACCGUCUCCAUUAGACUCGGCCCGCCUAGACUCGGAUCUUUGUCGAAGAAGCAUCACAACACCGGAAGCUCUAUGGUUAAGUACCUCAAGACCAUGUCUGAAAUGUUCGAAAUUCUCAAUGUGGCCGGGACUCUGGAGGCAAACAGCAGCUUUAUUUUCCAGAUCUAUAAGCUUGAGGCAAAUAUCUGGCAAGCUUUCCAGGGGACGGAUCCCAUUCGCUACAAUCCCAAGUCUUUUGGUGAGGUCGAAGUCAUCAUCCCUGGCAUCUCGAUUUCACCAGCAAGGCUCCUUUUUGCACUCGCCCCACCUGAUGCAACCGCCAAAAUGAACACAGUGAACGUACCCGUGCCCGAAUACUUCUCACAACUGGAAACGAUCCUAGAAGAUACUUCUUCCGAGGUCUUGAACGCUUUCUUCCAGUGGCAGGUUAUUCAAUUUUGGGCGGAUAAGCUGCACAAUGACUUCAACGCUCCACUUCGGCUUCUCAAGAAUCAACUUGCCUCCAGACCGGACAACUACACGGUGGAGAGAUGGAGGCACUGCGUGAACGAGGUUGCAUCAAACUUGCCGUUGAUCGAGAGCUCAUUCUGGGCUCAGUCUCAGCUUCCUCUCGAAGACACGAAGUUUGCGCAAAGAAUCGUCGAUGAUGUCCAGGCUACCUACAUGCAGAUAUUUGAUACGUCUUCAUGGAUGACGGAUCAGGUAAAGACAAGAGCCAAGCAGAAAAUUGCAAACAUCAAGAAGAAGUUCGGCUACCCGACGGUCUCACCAAACGUUCUGAAUCCAGUGCAAGUGAAGAACCGCUAUAACUUUCUCGAAAUUAGCAAAGACAAAUAUUUCGAAAACGGCCUCAACUUCACUGCAUUCGACAUCAAAAACGGUUGGAGCCAGCUCACUAUGCCCAGAGACAGAGACGAGUGGUUCGACGCCGAGCCCAUUCAAUUUGCAUAUUACUUGCCGCUUGGCAAUGAGAUCUAUGUUCCUGCUAUUAUGCUGCAAAGACCGUUAUUCGACAGAGAGCUCCCAGAUUACAUCUCCUACGGCAGCUUUGGCUGGAUUGUCGGCCACGAGAUGACGCACGGAGCAUUUGAUGGCCGAUAUGAUGAGAAUGGCGCAGAUAAGGCAUGGUGGGACAACACGACGCGUGCCAAUUACAACAACGUCACGAAAUGUUUCGUCGACCAGUACUCCAAGUACGUGCCGGUAGAUGGAAUCCACAUCAAUGGUACUCUCACGGUUGACGAGAACAUUGCCGACGCCGGCGGCAUCUCGAUCGCGUACGCCGCGUGGGCGAAGCGUCAGGCCGAGACGCCAAACCAGCUAUUGCCAGACCUGCCCCAGCAAGUCUCUUCGCCGGAACGCCUCUUCUUUGUUUCUUUCGCAACAGCGUUGUGCAGCAAGGAAACCGACAAAGCGCUUACCGCUAGCAUCAAGACAGACGAGCACAGCGCGAUGCAUUUCCGGACCAUUGGCACGCUGGCGAACUCGAGACCUUUCAAGGAGGCAUUCAACUGUACGGUUAAAGAGCCGACUUGUAAAGCAUUCUAG